ACUCCCAGAGCUCAUCUGGAAAACAACUCUUUUUUCGGCUAAAAAUUGAAAAGUGAAAAAAUUACAUAUCAUAUUAUUUUUCGUAAUCCUUUCGGGUUUUCAAAAUUUGUGUUUUUUUUUUUUUGGCAAGAAGCGAAAUUGAAAAGCGUGAAAUAUGUUGUAAAUUGUAACUCAAAGAAACUGAGUUUGCUUGAUUGAUAUUUGUGUUUAAUUGUGCAUAAAGGGACGAAAAAUUUUAUAACUGGACGUACGAAAGUUCUGCAAGUGUUCAUCUACACCUAGAUGUAGAUAAAAAAAAACACACACACACACACACGAUAAAAACAACAUACCUCAAGCUGUGCGGAGCGUAUCCCAUUGAACGAAUUAGCCUCAACAAUGGAAAAACCAAGACUUACCGAUAAUCCAAUACUUCACUGACUAUAAUGGAACACGCCAGAUCCAACUGAUUGCUGGACGUGUUCUGGUUGCCUGUUUGAAUCUUAUCAAAACAGAUCCACCAACGAAUACUGAUGCUUAUUAUCGAUGAGUUACUAGAUGUAAGAAUGUAUGCGGAGACAGUUACCGCACAUAAAAAAAUAAUUUUUUCUGUAUGCUAAUGGAAGUUUUUAUUUUACCAUACAUACUUAUCUCUCAAAGAUAAGAGUAGUAGUACACGACGGUACCACGCCCUCAGCUUGAGGCCACUUUGGGGGCGCGCAGUUUGCGUCGAACAUGACCGUGCUGUAUAUGUACAUAUUCUGCAAUAAAUAUGUAUAUAAUAUACAAUAUAUUUAAGGAACAUAAUAUAUAUACGUGAUUUGUAUGUAUAUGCUUAUCUGAAAUAUCGAGUGGAUCUGUUUGAUAAUGAAACUAUUAGAAGGCAGCAAUAUGCCAUAUCGAUGAACUGUUCACGACAGUUCAUCUUGUACGCUUAUAUAGAAUUCCGUUCCGAGCGGUACCACGAAACCCUCUAACCUAUAACCCCCUCCCCCCACCAAAAUCGACCUUUGCUAGGGACCACAGCAGACCCCCAACCCUGCCCCUCACCCCUCCCCUGUACUGAAAAUUCGCGCAGCUUGCGCUCGGACGGAAUUGAAUACAUUGACAUAACUAAGUGCUACAAAAAUAAAUGCCGAUUGAAAAUGAACUAACUUUGUUUUAUUAAAUUAGCAGCCAAAUUGUGCGCCAAUCCUGAAACCUCGCAGAAAAUAAACUAAGCUAUAUUUAGCAUUUUACAUUUAAAUUUGCACAUAAUUUAUAAAUUUAUGGCAGUCUCAAAUAUAUGUAUGGCACAAUAUGAAAGCUUUUCACCACUAAAAAGCUCAACGAGCUUACCAAAAAUCUCACUUAGCAUGGCCAAAACAAACUUGCAAACUUGCAAAAGCUGAGCGUCAACGAUUGAAGCUUUCAAGCAAAGAAGCUCUUAAUGGUUUUGUAUCAAGGUCUACCAUAAAAUGCAACCAACCUGAAGAGAACAAUUUAUAGAGAUUGUUGGUACUUUGCGAGGCAGUAAGGGAGUGUAUACAAGAAUUACGCCAGGUUCUGCUUUGGCCAGAUGACGAAAGACGAAUAGAGAACCAUGUAGUCGGUAUGCUGACUUUCCCGUCCCCUUUAAAAAGGCAGAUACGAGCGGGCAUUAUCUUGGCCAACUGUUGCGUUCGUUAACCCGUUUACCGGCAAUCUUGGCCCAGUCAUUGGUUGGUCACUCGAUAGCGGCGGCAACUGCAAAAAUGCAUUUGCCCAGCGACCGAUUGCAUCGAUGCGAACACCGCAUAUCGACACGUCGUGGGGGUGUUGAAAUCGGAGAUAAGUCCAGAUGCUGGCCCAAUGGGCCGGUAUAAAACGCACCGAGGCUGCGGCAGAGAUCACUUACCAACUAAAAAUUGGAGACGAUGCAACGGCUAGAUCUCAAAUGGACGACGAGGAUGGCCCAGCUUCUGCUCUGGAGUCAGCUGAUAAGCCUGGCGGUUAUAGGAUUAGCCAACGCCGCCUGGCAGUACAACGAUGAGCAGUACGCACAGGCGCAGUAUGACAAUUUCUUUAGGCAUGGGCAGAAUGGUGGCCACGAUCGGCUGGGACCCUUUCAGUAUCAGUAUGUGGACUAUCAGCCAAAGUGCGGAACCGGCGGGCAGCCAGUGUGUGCCACCAAUGGCACCAGCUACUUUUACUUUGAGAACAACUGCAAGCUGGAGGCGGCCAACAUGAAGCUGCUCUUCCAAUACGGCACGGAGCUGGAGCCCACCGAGCUGGAGCACUGUCUGCCGCAAUGCGACAGCAUAAUCUGCAAUAAAACAUACGCGCCUGUCUGUGCGGUCGGUGAGCCAGGAGCCAAGCAGGAUCGGGGCGUGACCUUUGCGAACGAGUGUGAGGCGCAUCGACGCGGUUGCCUGACCAAGCAAACCAUGCGCAUCCUGAGGAAAGGACCCUGUCGAGAUGUCAGGCUCAAGUCCAGGCCAGGCAGCAAGGGCAAAGGCAAGCGUAAGCAUGGCAGGCGACGCAGCAGCACCACCACCACAACAACAACCACAUCCACAUCCACAACAGCAGCCACGCCCGCCAACAGGAGGCACAUCUACGUGAGGCUGGCCAAUGAGCGUAGCAGAACCGCCUCCAGCAGCAGCAGCACCACCACCUCAACCACAACGAUGGCGCCCAUGCAGUUCCAUCGUUACAUGAACCUAGGCAAUCCCCAUGUUUCCGUCUCGCGUGCCGUCCAUGCUUAUAGCGUCUACAAUAUACCCGAUGUGGGCCUCAACUAUGACGCCAUCACGGACUCUAGUCUGUCGCUGUAUGUGCCGGGUGUGGGCACCAUUACCGAUACGCCGCCCAGCACCACCACCACCACCAAGAGCACCACCAGCACAACAAUCACACCUAAGCCACAAGCCAUAACGAGCACAACAGCCAUAUCGAACAUUAGCGAGACACUCGAAACAAGCAGCGCACCGAGAGAGGAAAUUAAAUUCUUUUAUGUGCCCUACGGCACCACCUCCACAACCACAGUUAGUUCAAGCAGCAUCAGCGUUGCUCCAGAGGUCGCCAGCACCACAGCCACCAUCGCGGACACCAUCGCUGCCGCCACCGUUGACCGCACCGCCAGCACCACCAGCACCAUCAAGGCGCUCAAAUUGGGCACACCCAAUGUGGCUCGCAAUGCGACGGGCUUCAAAGCGAACACUGCGACCAGCCCGAAACCUGAAAUACCGAAACCACAUCGAAAACCAAUUGUACUUAAGAAUUAA